UUGUGUGACCAGACAAAUUAUCCCUUCCAAUCUCAAAGCCUCAACUUCGACUGACCUCUGUCACUCUUUACACCGCAACCUCCCCUUCCACCCCGGCCGCGCCGAAAAUCAACGAACAGAAGACGACAUUGAUGUCUGCUGACACUCGGGCCGCCCUCAACUGUCUGCGCCAUCCGUCCAGGUUCAUGCCCAUCUCGAGGACACAACUGUCGAGAGUCCAUACGGGCGAUAGUAUUCAGAAUAUAUCAAGUAAACCAACAGAUAAAUCUAGCGUGAAGCGAGACAACUACCCAGCAUGGCGUCUUCCGUAAGCAGCAGCACGAGUACGAGUACAAGCAGUACCGCGACUACCGCGCCUGCCUCGGUGACCGUGGUCACGACAGCGCUCAAGAAGCGAUCCUUGAUCCCGGCCAGGUGGAAAGAAGCUGUGCGUGUCGUCGGCAUGUCGGAAUGUAGGGAGGCGGCGCUCACGCUGGCGCACGCCUUUGCUGCUGACGAUUACGCCCAGUACCUCGUCGACGACAACCCCGGCGACAUGCACGGUCGACCCAGAGACGGAGGCGGCAUGUCGACCGAGGAAGGCAAGUGGAAGCUGCAUGUCGACAUCCUGACCUACACGGUCGCGUCCCACUGCAUGAGCGGCCUCGUCACCGCAGUUGGGCCCGAGUACGACAGCGUGGCGCUCUGGGUGCCUCCCGGUAAACACCUAGACGGGUGGUGGACGCAGCUCCGGAGCGGUAUGUGGAGACUCUACUUCCAGCUCUCGCCCGAAGGGAAGAAGCGCUACUUCCAGGAGAUCCUGCCCCUGCUGCACGACACCAAGGCCGAGGUUCUCGGCGACCGGGACCACGACGCCUGGUACCUGGUUUACCUGGGCACCAAGCCCAACUCGCGGGGCAGAGGAUACGCCGCCAGGUUGCUGCAGGACAUGAUGGCGCGGGCCGACGCCGAAAACCGCCCGAUGUACCUUGAGUCGAGCUCACAGGCGAACAAUGCCUACUAUGAGAAGUUUGGCUUCCACGUCAAGCGGGACGUCUUCCUCGAGCGCGGCCCCGUCCCGGUCCGUCUGUCCAUCAUGAAGUUUGUUGCCGGUAACAAGGGUUUGAUGGGUUGAGUGAUUGGUGGUUUGUUGUUGAGAGCCCGCCAGAGUUUGUCCAUGGUUAUGAGUGAGGUGUGUUCGUG